UGUAAUAUGGGCAAAGGAGUGUGGUAUUAAUUAUAUCAUGUAAUCCAACUCAUCUUCUUAAUACCCUUACUUUACUAAGACUUUACACAUAAUAUAAAGAGUUAAUUAAGAUUAAUCUUUUAUAUAGGUAGCUUUCAAUAGCCAUGAUUAUAUCCCCAAAAAGCACUGCAACCCUUCAGGAUUCCUGCAAUAUUUUUUUUUCUUUCUUCUUCAUAAACACAAACACCAUGUAAAAGAAAAAGGCCACCUUCUCACUGGCUUUCACCGAAAAGUUCAUAGUUAAAACUUUAGAUUAGGCAUAUUCUCUACAUUAACACUCAUUAAAAAAAGUAUAUUUUAAAAGCCAUUACCACCCUUUAAUCCUGCAUGAAUUCAUGUGACUUUUACCUCACUCCAUAAUCCACCCCUUCCUCUUUCAUAAUACAAUCUCUAAACCACCUGUCAGCAGCACAAACCAUGAAGUAUUGAACUGACAAAAAAGAGAUAUUUUGCCGAAGAUUACAACUUUCUGAAGGCUAAAAAUCUGAGCUUUUUCCAGGUUUUUGUGAAGAUGGGUGUUGUUACAGUUGGUGAACUUAAAACAAGUAUAUCUGGGAAGAGAUCUUUUCGUCCAAGUUCAACUAUAAGGCAUGCUGCCACCGAAUGGCCUAUUUCUGAUGUUUCUAGUGAUGUUACCAUUGAAAUAGGAGCAUCAAGCUUUGCACUUCACAAGUUCCCUCUAGUUUCUCGGAGUGGACGAAUUCGUAGACUGUUGAUCGAAGAAAAGGAUGCAACGAUUUCGCGUAUGAAUCUCUCUUUGAUUCCUGGUGGACCGGAAGCAUUUGAGCUAGCUGCAAAGUUCUGCUAUGGAAUAAAUAUCGAGAUUACAUUAUCGAACGUCGCGAUGUUACGAUGUGCAGCGCAUUUUUUGGAAAUGACGGAAGAGUUUGUGCAGAAGAACUUGGAAGCUCGUACAGAAGCGUAUCUGAAGGACACGGUACUCCCGAACAUAUCAAACUCGAUAUCUGUUCUUCACCGUUGCGAAUGCCUCUCGCCUGUAUCCGAAGAGAUCAACUUGGUUAAUAGGCUUAUCAAUGCAAUUGCCAAUAAUGCAUGCAAAGAGCAGCUUGCUUCAGGCUUACUUAAACUUGAUCACAACUUUCCAAUGAAAACUAUGCCAAACAUCGAACCGGAAACGCCAUCUGACUGGUGGGGAAAGUCACUGUCGGUUCUUAAUCUCGAGUGCUUCCAACGAGUUUUAACGGCCGUGAAGUCUAAGGGUCUAAAACAGGAUAUGAUCAGCAAGAUUUUGAUAAAUUACACCCAUAAUUCUCUUCAAGGCCUGGUCAUUAGGGACCCUCACAUUGUAAGGGGAAGCCUGUUGGACAUGGAACUGCAAAAGAAACAAAGGGUCAUUGUUGAAGCCAUGGUUAGCUUACUGCCAACUCAAUCAAGGAGGAGUUCAGUUCCCAUGGCUUUCCUGUCUAGUUUACUGAAAACUGCAAUAGCUUCAUCAGCAUCCACUUCAUGCAGAUCUGAUCUAGAGAGGAGGAUAGGCCUGCUACUAGACCAGGCAAUCCUUGAAGAUAUCCUUAUACCAGCUAAUUCAUAUGGUAACAAUCACGGAACCAUGUAUGAUACGGAGUCGAUCUUGAGGAUCUUCUCCAUAUUUUUGAACUUGGAUGAGGAUGAUGAUGAAGAUAAUCGCAUGAGAGAUGAAAGUGAAAUGGCAUAUGAUUUUGACAGUCCUGGAUCCCCAAAACAAAGUUCAAUCCUCAAGGUAUCCAAGUUACUUGACACUUACCUUGCAGAAAUUGCACUGGACACAAACUUGUUGCCAUCAAAAUUCAUAGCACUUGCAGAGUUACUUCCUGAUCAUGCUCGGAUCAUUAGCGACGGGCUAUACCGAGCCGUCGAUAUCUUCCUCAAGGUUCAUCCGAACAUAAAGGACUCGGAACGCUAUAGACUAUGCAAAACAAUAGACUGUCAGAAAUUAUCACAAGAAGCUUGUAGUCAUGCAGCACAGAACGAAAGGUUACCUGUCCAAAUGGCGGUCCAGGUGUUAUAUUUCGAGCAAAUCAGGCUCCGGAACGCGAUGAACGGAGGUCACAACCAAUUCUUUUUUGGCACAAUCAACAGCCAGUUCCCUCAAAGAUCGAGCAGUGGUGCAGGGAGUGGAGCCAUCUCGCCUAGAGAUAACUACGCGUCGGUCAGACGAGAAAACCGAGAGCUGAAACUCGAAGUGGCAAGGAUGAGGAUGAGGCUAACGGAUUUAGAAAAAGAUCACGUGUCAAUGAAACAAGAGCUGGUAAGGUCACACCCUGCUAACAAGAUAUUCAAAUCAUUCACUAAGAAAUUAAGCAAGCAACUCAACUCGUUAUUCAGGAUCAAUAAUUUGAAGCCAAUAGGGAGUAAACCAAAUGCAGAAUCUCGUUUCUUGUUCCAAAGGAGAAGGCGUCACUCAAUAUCAUAAAUUUUUUUUUUUAAACUAGGUGUGGAUAAGUUGAAAGAGUGUAUAGGGUAAAUUAUAUGUGUAUGUAGUGUGAAAUUUGUGGUCUAAUUGCAGGGUUGAUGGUAGCUAUGUAUGUAUGUAUGUAUGUUUGCAUGUAUGUAUGUAUUACAUUGUUUUUUUUUUUUUUUGGAGUGUUGGAUUCUGGGAUUGCUUUGUUUGGUAAGAUCAUUGCCUUGACAUUUUGAAAAGAGUCUUGAGAGAAGGGGCAUUACUCAUUCAAAACUGGUGUAUGUUAAAAUGCGUUGACUGCUGAGAAUCUAUGUAUGAACCAAAGUAGAACAAAGGAACAGGCUUUUAAGCCAUUUUUUUUUUGUUUUUCA